AUGUUUGUUACAUUCAUACUUAAAAUAAUUUACAAGUUAUCAACACAAACAGACACUGGAAUCUUUUUAAUAUUUCACGAGGAAAAUAAGAAAUGUUUAUCUGGAACAGAAUCUAAUGAUAUUGAAGCUGGCCCAUGUGAGCCACAAAAUGCAAACCAACAAUUUAGAUGGAUCUCAGAGGAGCGAAUAUUCAAUGUUGCAUACAAGCAGUGCCUUGGAGCGCUCAAUAACACAAACUGGGUUCCAAUUGAACUCCAGCCUUGUGAUGCAAAAAAUGAACUUCAGAAAUGGGAAUGCAGGAAUGACACUUUGUUUGCACUCAAAGGAACUGACCUCUAUUUGAACUAUGAAAACAAGAAUGAGAAAAAUGCAAUGCUUUAUAAUAAGUCCGGAUCAUGGAGCAGAUGGAAAGUGUUUAAUUCCCAGGAUGAUUUAUGUUCACGUGGAUAUGAAGCUAUGUUCACCUUGAAAGGAAACUCAAAUGGACAGCCCUGUGCAUUUCCUUUUAUAUUUCAAAACAAGUGGUAUGCAGACUGCACAACAGAUGGGAGACAUGAUGACAUCAGCUGGUGUGCAACAACAGAAAAUUAUGACAAAGAUGGGAAAUUUGGAUUUUGUCCUGUAAAGUCAACUGGUAAAUGUGAUUCUCACUGGCACACAGAUCCACUGACUGGAGUGUGUUAUGAGAUGAACUGGGAAUCUGCACUGACGUGGUAUGAAGCAAGAAUUAGUUGUCAGCAACAAAAUGCAGAUCUACUGAGCGUGACAGAACUCACUGAACAAACGUACAUCACAGGUUUAAAUUCUGAAAGAAGUUCACCAUUAUGGAUAGGUCUGAACAGUUUGGACUUUGACAGUGGUUGGCAAUGGAGUGACAGAGGACCAUUCCGGUACCUUAACUGGGCUCCAGGUAAUCCAUCCACCCAUUCAGAAAAGAACUGUGUCAUGUUGCAUCCUGGAAAACAUUCAAAAUGGGAAAAUACUGAAUGUAGUCACAGACUUGGAUAUAUUUGUAAAAAAGAAAACAGCACAAACAAUCCUUACCUAGUCCCCACUGUAACUGAAGAUAACACCAAAUGUCUUGAGGGUUGGGUUCCAUUUGCUGGUUAUUGUUACUCCAUCAGGAGAGAUCAGAAAAUGUGGAAUGAAGCCUUGGUUACAUGCCGGAAAGAAGAAGCGGACCUAGCCAGUGUCCAUAACAUAGAGGAGUACAGUUUUAUAAUUUCUCGGCUUGGAUAUUUGUCUACAGAUACUCUUUGGAUUGGUCUAAAUGAUCAAGAACGCCAAAUGUUAUUUAAAUGGAGUGAUACCACACCUGUAACAUUCACCAAAUGGAAAAGGGGAGAACCAAGUUACUGGCAAAACAGAGUGGAGGACUGUGUGCAUAUUGAAGGAAAGGAUGGCUAUUGGUCUGAUGAUAGCUGUGAAAAGAAGUAUGGCUAUAUCUGCAAAAGGAAACCCCUACCACCAUCUCAGGAGGGUGUGAAGAUCUUUGAAGAAGGCUGCAAAAGUGGAUGGAAGAGACAUGGAAUAUAUUGUUACUUUGUUGGGCCCACUGCUAUGACAUUUGCAGAGGCAAAUAAAGCAUGUAGCAGCCAAGGUGCUUAUCUGGUUACUGUGGAGAACAGGUUUGAGCAGGCUUUCCUCACAAGUUGGAUUGGUCUGAGACCUGAAAAAUAUUUUUGGAUUGGUCUUUCAGACACACAGCAAAAAGAAACAUUUAAAUGGACCAUCAGUGAAACUGUGUCAUUCACUCACUGGAAUGAGAAUAUGCCAGGAAGACAAUCUGGCUGUGUGGCUAUGAGAUCUGGACUUAUUGCUGGAUUAUGGGAUGUAAUUAAAUGUGAGGAAAAGUCAAAAUAUAUCUGCAAAUGCAUGGCAGAAGGAAUUACAAAACCUUUACAAACAACAGUAUCAUCAGUUGCAAAGUGUCCAGAUGACUGGGGAACAUCUCCAUUACAGACAAGAUGUUUUAAAGAAUUCUGAAAAGACACAAAGUACCAGAAAACAUGGUUUGAAGCUCUAGCUUUCUGCAGAGCAAUUGGAGGAGAUCUGGCCAGCUUGCACAGUGAAAAAGCAGUGGUGAAAAUACAAGGAAUAAUUAAAUAUUCUUGCUAUCAUUCUCAUGCAUACUGGAUUGGUCUCAAUUUAUUAAACCCAUCACAAGGUUUUACAUGGAGUGACAAUUCACCUGUGGACUUUAUUAAAUGGAGCUUUGGAGAGCCAGAUAAUGUGAAAGGAGUUGAGCUUUGUGUGGAAACCACAUCACUGCUUAGUCAAUUUUGGAGAGACAGAAACUGUGAAUUAUACAAUGACUGGAUCUGUCAAAUUCGAAAAGACUAUAACAAAACUCGAGAUAGAUGGCUUAUAUAUAAUGGAUCGUAUUACUACUUUAGUAGAAAUUAUUUUCCCAUGGAGGAGGCCAGGGCCUUUUGCAAGAAGAAAUUUGGAGAUCUAGCAGUGGUAAACAGUGAAAGUGAAAGAAAAUUUAUGUGGCGACAGAUUGUUAAUAUUGGAAGUGAGUUCUGUUACAUCGGUUUGAUUUCAGGCUCGGACAAAAAAUUCAGUUGGCUGGAUGGAUCGCCAGUAAAUUUUGUCGCAUGGAAUGUAAACGAGCCAUCUUUUUCAAAUGAUGAUGAGAACUGUGUUGCUAUUCAUAAAGAAAGUGGUUUUUGGGAUGAUCUGAACUGUGGUAUUUCUGCUAAUUUUGUGUGUGAGAGACACAGCAAUUACAGCAUUACAAUGACAGCACCCACCACUCCACCAGUGAAAGGAGGCUGCCCUAAUGAUUGGCUUCAGUUUGACAAUAAGUGCUACAAAAUUUUUGGAAACAAUGUAGAGGAACGGGCUUCCUGGCAUGCAGCAAGGAAUGAAUGCAAGCUUCUUGGAGGGAACUUGGCAUCUAUACAGAAUAAAAACCAACAAGCUUUCCUUACAAAUAAUUUGAUGAGAAUGAAGGUCAACGUCUGGAUUGGCUUGAAUGAUAUCAACAAAAAAAACCAGUUUCUCUGGACAGAUGGUCGAGGAGUAUACUACACAAACUGGUACAGAGGUUACUCAAAGCGUUUUCACUGUAUAGAAGUACGCACUGGUAUUGGAGAUGUGGGAGGCUGGGAAGGCGAAGAAUGUACUCGCUCUAGAGGUUAUAUAUGCCAGAGACCAACAGAUCCAAGCUUGCCAGAACAAUCAAUAGAAAUUCCAGCUGAGUUUGAGAGCAGUAACUACACAAUUGUGCAGAACAAAAUGACAUGGGAAGAUGCUCAAGAUAAUUGUGAAGUUAAAAUUGCCAACCUUGCCAGCAUUUUAAAUGUUUAUGAACAAUCAUUUUUAUGGCUGCAAAUUAUUAAGUAUGGCGAGCCUGUCUGGAUAGGACUGAACAGCAUUAAGUUCCCUCUCUACAGUGGCAAACAGAAUAUUAGUAGCCUGAGCAUGUGGCUUCAGAGAACAUCACACCCCUCAGUGAAGAUGCCAUCUGCUAAGAUGUCAGCCAACAUUUACUUGGGGGAGGAUACUGAUUCUGACAGUAAUACCAGUGGGUCCGAAAUGGAAUUGGACCUUGAAUCACAAUGUAAAGCAAACCAGAGUGAAGAUGAUGAUUAUGACACAGAUGAUGAUAUUCCACUGGCACGUCUGCAUGAGAAGGCCAUUACCGCUGAUAAAGAUGAUGCCCCUGUCCCAGCCAUUCCUGACAGACCCCUAUGCUCUGCCACCCCUGACCUCACCACGGUUGAUGAAACUGACCAUGACAGUGGGGAUGACGUGCCACUUGCCUAUCUAAGGAAUGAUGGCACACACAACAGUGGUCAUCAACUUGAAUCCGAUUUUGACACGGAGGCUGAAUUGCCUCUAUCUGAGUUAAGGCAGUACUGGGAAACACACCAGGUGUUUGGUCAUUUCCCAAUAGCUGAGUACAUGACACGUGAGAAGUUUGAAAAAAUUCAGCAGUAUUUCCACUGCAAUGACAAAAACCUCAGACUGCCACAGGGCACUGUGGGUCAUGACAAGCUACAUCAUGUGCGACCAAUACUUGAUGCCAUACUUCAUGCAUGUAGGACACAGUAUAAUGUGCAUCAUGAGGUGGCAGUAGAUGAAGCCAUGGUUGGCUUCCGUGGACGUCUGACAUUGAGACAGUUUAUGCCUGGCAAGCCGGAGAGAUGCUGGCAGUUAAAAACUAGUAAAUACAUCAGUUUAAUUAAAGAAUCUCUACCUGUGCAGCUAACCUUCUCCAGAUUAAAUGAAGUUACUGCACCUGCUGAACCUCCCCAGCAGCCUGGAAGGUGUCCUGAAUCAAAUCAACGUACAUCCUGGGUUCCAUUCCGUGGGCAUUGCUAUUUCUUUGAACUGUCAUCUCACAAAACAUGGUCUGAAGCAAGCCUUGAGUGUCUGACACUAGGUGCAUCUUUAAUUUCCAUCCAAGACUACAUUGAAAAUGAAUUUGUCUAUGAAAACAUAGAAAAAUUGUCAGAUAAAUCAAACUUCAUAUGGAUAGGAAUGUUCCGAAAUGUAAAAGGUCAUUGGGAAUGGUUUGACAAAUCCACUGUGAGUAUCUUAAACUGGGAUGAAGACAACCUUUAUAUAUAUAGCUUUACGGGAUGCGUUCAAAUGAGUUCAAAAUUUGGGACUUGGAGAAAUGACAAUUGUCAAGAUUACAAUGGCUAUAUCUGCAAGAUGAGCAAAGGGAUGGUUUUUCAUAGCUUAUAUUCUCGAUAA